UCGUAGCUGGGAUUAAAUUGAGCCGUUUUGUGGAACAUUAAUCAGGUUAAUGGAUAAGGCUUCGACAAGGGUGGAGAGUAAAGUUGUGCACUCCAAGAAUAGUCCAAUGUAAUUGAGACUCCAAAUACAGAUUAUUUAAUGUACGUGAGGUGUUGCUAUAUGUUAUAAUCGCUGAUUUUUUAAUAUGCAGCCGGAUUGAGAAGGUCUAAUUUCUGUGCAUGUUGUAUUAUACUGUUUUCUGAAUGGACUCCCAACUUUACUACGUUAUUAGAUUUAACCCGGUGCAUUUUCUCACGUUAGGAUCAGCUUGCUGCUUGCAAUACGAAAUGUUAGGAAGUUUUUAGAGAAUUAAAUGCUCAUAUAUAGUCAAUCGUCGUUCGCUUGGAUGUGCAGUACCGCAGUUUAUCAGAAGGUAGCGCUGUUGAUCGGGUGGAGAGAGAUUUCUGUUAGGACACCCACCCCCACAGCCUGCAAACGGAUCUGGCUUUCUUUAUGUAUUAGUUAAUAGUCACGAUACACAGAGAAUAAAUAUUAGAAUAUUUAUAACGCUGGUUUAAUACAAACUGGAAUAAUUGCAAUGCAAUCACUAAAGUUGGAGAAUUGGCUGGGGGGGAUUAGUUUUUUUUAAUGCUUAACAACAGUGAGUGAGAUUGCAUCUAAAUAAAACACUUCCAAACUAAGUCAGCUGAGUUAAAGCUGCAGCAUGCCGGCUACAUGCGGUGCAAAGGCAUUGUUUGUUCGCCAAAUGUUGCCAUCGGAUGUGAGUUUUUAAGCAUUUGUGAAACCUCACAGCUAAUAAUCGAAGAGCGAAAAUAUUGUUUAACUUGCAUCUGCAAACAUUGUUAAUUAUGAUUUUGUUUUUAAAGAUAAAGUUUUUUGCUUUUUUUUUGUCGAAGUAUUUUGGUCAUAACUCCACCCGCCUGCUCAUUUCCUUCUGGGACUGGUGCAGACACGUUUGAUUGAUUCCCCGGCACGAUGCGGGGCUAUUCUUAUUUUGGGGGGGUUAAAUAUUUAAUUGAAAAUCGAGCUUUUCAGCAGUCGGUUCUGGAUUCCAUCCCGUCUCUUGCGGGGAGGGGGUGGAGGAGCAUAUGAAUAGUGCUAUAGUAAGGAACUGCAGAUACUGGGUUUACACCGAAGAUAGACACAAAAUGCUGGAGUAACUCCACGAAUCCCACAGUAUCUCCGGAGAGAAGGAAUGGGUGACGUUUCAGAUCGAGACCCUUCCUCAGUCUGAGGUCCUGAUUAAUUUUACUGAUUGUAUACUUCGUUGUCACCUUCCCCAUGGCUAAAAUUAACCAUUCUACAUUUCCUUGAUCAAAUCAUCUCCUUUCGUGUUGCAAGCAGCAACCGUCUGCUGGCUCUUUAAUGACAUACUUUUGCGGAGUUGCCAGAAUUUUUUGUUUUUAACAAUGGGUUGGCUCUGGCGGAACACCAACUUGACCCUGUUUGUUCUGGGCUGGUUGCGUCUUUCAGCCCAGGUACAUAGUGCUUGGAGGGAGGGUGGUGAAUAGCGCGGUCUCUUUAAUGAAAUACUUUUGCGGAGUUGCCAAAAGAAAAACGAUUUUAACAAUCGUCUGGCCCUCGCGGAAGAAGAUCAGGCCGUCUGAAGAAAGGUCUGGACCCGAAACGUCACCCACUCCUUCUCUGCAGAGACGCUGCCUGUCCCGCUGAGUUACUCCAGCAUUUUGUGUCUUAUCUCCGGUGUAAACCGGCAACUGCAGUUCCUUCCUGCACAUCAGGCUGACUGACCCUUUCGUUUCUUCUCGACUCAUUGCGUCUUUUAGUUCAGAGACACGACGUUCUAUGAGUGUAUUCUCCCGGGGACGCGGCGGCGGCGGAGUCAGAGUUAACCUCGCAGGCAGUCGGCAGGGCUGAGAGAAAGCAGCACGGCGUUUAGACCUCUCCGGACAAACCACUUGUGUGUGCUUUUCUUGUUAACCCACCACCAACCCCUCCAUCUUUCGAAGACAAAAGAAAAAAAAACAUCACCUUCACACGGACAAAUCCAGAUACAUACAACGCACACGAAUCGUCGAUUUAUCUGUUUCAGCAGGAAAACGCCGGGAUUUUUUUGUUUCCGCAACGCCAAGGGCUCCACAAUAUUGCAUGAUUCCUUUAAGAGUCUAAGGGACUUUCUUUUGUGACUCGAAGACCGAUCAGAGGUAAUCUAAUGGACCAUACAAGCACCAGGAGCUGUUCCAGAGCCCCGACUUGUGAGGCCCAUCAAAACGAGCCUUCAAUGCGUGUAGUCAUCCAUACUACGACCGGAGCCCAGUAUGAUCUUUCUGUUCCAGUAGACGAAACGGUGGAAGGACUCAAACGGAGGUUGUCACAGCGCUUAAAGGUUGCCAAGGAGCGCCUCGUCCUCUUGCACAAAGAAACGCGGUUAAAUUCUGGAAAACUGCAGGAUCACGGUAUAAUAGAAGGAAGCAAAUUAACUCUUGUCCCCACUGUGGAGGCUGGACUAAUGUCUCAAGCUUCACGGCCGGAACAAUCAGUGAUGCAGGCUUUGGAAAGCUUAACGGAAACUCAGGUCAAUGACUUUCUGUCGGGACGGUCACCUCUGACCCUUGCCCUGCGGGUUGGCGACCACAUGAUGUUUGUUCAGCUGCAGUUGGCGGCGCAGCAGGCUGGCAGCCAGCUCCAGCACCGGCAUGUCAUUGCCAGCCGGGAGAGCAGCAACAGCGGAGGUACAGUGGCGGGAGCAGCAGCGGCAGCAGCGGCGGCGGCAGCGGCAGCGGCAGCAGCAGCGGCGGUAGCGCCCAGCUUUGCCAACACUCAAGGACUUCACAGGCAAGCGGUGGGAGCCUCGAACUGUAACCACAUAGCGGCCUGCCAGCCAGCGAUGGCCAUUCCGGCCCCCGCACCCCCUGCCCCCGCCACCACCUGCUUCAGCCCUGCUCGCCCGCCAUCGGUCACUGCUGGAUCCUUCCGCUCACACGGGGCCAACACGUCGACGAGCGGCCACAACAUCGCUGCUUCCUCUUGUACUGAGGGUGACUGCAGUACAAGAAACACUAGUCCCACUGCUUCGGGCAAGUCUCGGAAACCAGGUGCCAUCAUCGAGAGCUUUGUCAACCAUGCCCCUGGGGUUUUCUCAGGAACCUUCUCAGGCACUUUGCACCCAAACUGCCAGGACAGCACUGGAAGGCCCCGCCGUGAUAUCACCACCAUCCUGCAGAUCCUGAACGACCUGCUGAGCGCCACCCGUCACUACCAGGGGAUGCCGCAGUCCCUGGCCCAGCUGCGCUGCCAGACGCAGUGUGCCCCCAGCCCCCCUUCACCUUCGCCUUCUCCACCGUCCCCCAGCUGCUCCAACAAAACUACCUCCGAAGACACAGCCCAGCAACCACUGCAUUCCCUUGUCCAGUGCCAGAGCCAGAUCAGGAUGUGCAAGUCAAAUGGCGACCGACUGCGACAGACGGAGAACCGUGCUACGCGUUGCAAGGUGGAGCGCCUGCAGCUGCUGAUGCAACAGAAGAGGAUGCGCAGGAAGGCUCGGAGAGAUGCCAGGGCGCCGUACCAGUGGCUGCCGAACCGCAAGUCCAGCCGGACUAACAGCAACAGCAGCGUGUCGAGCGACGGCAGUCUAGACUUGGACUUUGAGGACGCUGUGUGGAAGCCGGAAGUCAAAGCUGACAUCAAGUCUGAAUUUGUCGUGGCGUAGACCUACCUUGGCAAGGGGCGUAAAGAGCAGGACGUUUUUUUAUUUCGGCGACCAAAAUGUACUCUGAGCAAACUUCUAGUGGUUGCACGUGGAAUAUACAGAAGAAGGGGAGAGAGAGAGAGAGAGAGAGAGAAAGAGUGUGAGAAAAGAGAGAGUUUAAAGUGUGGUCUCCUGAAAUCAGGACUGUACAUCUGAAAAAAAAACAUUUAGUUACCACAAAACACGGACGCUGUCUGCAGUUCAAGUUGGGGGAAAGUAAAGUCACAUGAUUAAGUGGAUCUAACAAACAGUGGUUGGCGUGUCUGCAGUAACAACAAAUGGCUGCCUUACAAAAUGGUCAAGCAUGACGGAGAUUGGAGAAGACUCGGCAUGUCCGGACAUGAGAAUGCCUUUUCUCUUGAUGAUAAAAGCUGCACCGUAAAGCUGCUUGUUGCCAUGGUUGCACUGGUUUUUUCACGCAAAGGUAGCAGGCCCGCCCGCUGCUGUCGCUAAUAAUUUAAAAAAAAUGCCUCCCUUGCCUCUGAGAAGGAGGGCAGUCAAUACUUUUUAUCAGAAAGGAAAGAACUGAUAAUAAGAAACAUAAUACUGUAUGUAGCAUUGUUCACCAACACUCUGAAAGCAUUUAGUUACUGAAAUUUUGCACAAUUAUUGACAGCGUGACAACAGGUAGCUUUCGUUCGAGCAGGUUUGUCCAGUGUUGACUGCACACACACCCCACCCCCCACCCCCACCCCCGCGGUGACGUGUCUGUUGACCCUAUGGAAACGGUUGACUUUGGAGACAAAGGCAGUGGGAGUUGUUUGUUCUGCAGCCUAUUUCCGAUGCCCGGUUUCAGACUGGAAAGGGUUUAAAUUGCUGAUGCGGGUGGAGAGGGUGCCAACAACUUGGCUCACCUUCACCCUGCUGUUCAGGGACGGGAGGGGCAUGGAAUCUCUACACAGUGAGGCAAAAUAUAAACAUCCUCUUUUUGUUUUAUUGGUAGUUUUUUUUUCAUACAGAACUGAGCCAGAUCAUUUUAGAGGUAGACUUGUGGUACAGUACUAGCUGAUGUAGACUGUAGAUAAAUUGCAAGAUCCAAUAUCUCUCUAAUUGCUUUCUGCAAACCACAUCUCGGACUUACCAGUAAGUAGAUGGAAGCUUUUUUCUGACUUCAGUACAGUGCAGAACAGGUGAUGGCCAUUGACUUAGUCCUGGGAGCACAGGUAAUUAGUAUAAUGCAGAUCUUGGCAUUGGCAGAAGAUUUCCCACUCUGCUUAACCCAAUGCAAGUGUUAUUGCUUUAGCCCACUGGUACAAGUUUAAAAAAAAAAAAAAUUUUAAGUGUAAUUCCGCUCCAAUCUUUUUUUUGUUGGGUAACAAAUUUGCAUUUUGGUGUGCAUGUGUGUGUGAAAAAACAGACCGAAGAGCAUGUAUAAGGGGGUUGGUGGGAUGGGGAGGGGUCGUGUGUUUUUUGAUCAAAACUUGUUGCAUAAGUAAGCCUCUUGCGUAUCCUCUUGAAAAGUCAGUACCUGGAGCGAGGGUCUGUUUUGGCAAACAGCCCCGCGAUGUCAAACUGCAAAGAUUAGUUUCGAGCUCCGCGGUGGGGCCCGGUUUGAAAUGAAGUUUAAAUGUGUGCCGGUGAUUUGGCCCUGGUGAAAACAAUGCAGUGCGUGAGGUGUGUUCCUACAAUGUCACUGAAACAAUCGGCCCCGCUCCCGUUUAACAAUGUCUCCAAGACUACAAAUUAAGAUUUGAAGCACCCAAGGUCCUACCGUUGCAAUACUGUGAUGUCUCAACCCAAUCUCUUCCUCACCAGUGUCGGGAACACAAGUGCCUUUUUUGAUCGUAAAGUCUGCUUCUGUGUCCUUGGCCUCAGCUGGGAGAUCUUCCCACUUCCCCUGCCCCUGUCCCACACGUGCUCUCACUUAAAGUCUAUGGAAAGGCCAGUGCUGUGUCUCUUCCCCCCCCCCCCCCCCCCCCCCCCCCCCCACCACUUCUGUGUCUUCCUAGAGUCUGUGUGCUUUCUCCGUCUUUGUCAUUUGAAAUGAGACUUGUUUCCGCUUGCUACUGUGCAAAGAGAAAUGUUAUGACACUCUACUCCACGCUGAAUAGGCCGUGCCUCCAUUAUGUGUGCGACAUGACCCUGCAAGGCCAUUGUAGUGUAUCAAAGGUGUGCCAUCUGGACCCGUAUUGUCCUGUGUCCUUGUGACUUGGGCACAAGUUAUGACGUCCCACUUCUGUUUGUGAUCUUCCUGCUCGUAUUUACUGUAGGUUUUUUAUAUAUAAACACAUAUAUAUAUUUAACUGACUUUGUACUGUGUGCUUUCCAUUGUGCCCCUAUCCUGGUUUUAAACAAAAACGUAAAGAAGCAUUAAUUCACCAGUUUGUUGGUGGAGAUUAAAUGUAUGAACACCUCAUUUAAAUAUUCUGUAUUCUUGUAGCCAAUUAAAAAAAAAAAAGAUACAAUGUUCUAGCUAGCCUGGUGUAGCACAAAUGUGACUGUAUUAAUUUAUAAACCAAAAUGGUGACUGUGAACUAGGUAUUUAUUUGUGCUUUUGAAAGUCUUUUGAGAGGGGAGGGGGGGGGGAUAAGCGACGUCACAGUUUGAACGUGGCCAGGGUUGAUGCAAUCUCCUCCAUGGAUUCUGCACCCGUUUCCAUUAAUUCUAAGCAAUACAUUUCAUUGUGACUUGGAAUGGGCCUUGCUGUUCACUUGGGUUUGUUGGGGGUUGGUUCAAGGUAACCAAAAUAUUAUUGUCACUUGGGAUUUUGCAUUUACCUCUGCCUUAUACACUUGGCAAGACAUGAGGGUUGGCAGAUUGUCAACUGAAGCAUUGGAAUGAAGCAGAAAACAGUAAAUUAUGUAUUGGUAUGUAGAUAAACUUACAUGCAUGUAUCAUUAGGACUUGACAAUGGUUUGUGGGACAUACAGUAAUUGGUUGUUAUGUGGUAAUCUGAACAUGUACAAACUUGUAUUAGGUUUUUGUAUAGCAUUGGAGGGAAAAAAACAACUCCACAGGUAUAAAUAAUAAUAAAAGACCAAAUGUUGGUGAUAAACAUA